CAGAAACAGACUCUGCAGGCUUCCUCAGACCUACCUUGGCAGAUAGGCUGACCACUGCAAAGGAAGUGAGAGCCUGAGAUGGAAAGCAGCAAUUGCAAAGUUAUCGCUCCUCUCCUAAAUCAGAGACACCAAAGGAUGGUCACCAAAGAUGGGCACAGCACCCUACAAAUGGAUGGUACUCAAAGUGGUCUUGCAUAUCUUCGAGAUGCAUGGGGAAUCCUAAUAGACAUGCGCUGGCGCUGGAUGAUGCUAGUUUUUUCUGCUUCCUUUGUUCUCCACUGGCUUGUCUUUGCAGUGCUCUGGUAUGUUCUAGCCGAGAUGAAUGGUGAUCUGGAACUAGAUCAUGAUGCCCCACCUGAAAACCAUACUAUCUGUGUCAAGUACAUCACCAGUUUCACAGCUGCAUUUUCCUUCUCCCUGGAGACGCAACUCACAAUUGGUUAUGGUACCAUGUUCCCCAGUGGUGACUGUCCAAGUGCAAUCGCCUUACUUGCCAUACAAAUGCUCCUAGGCCUCAUGCUAGAGGCUUUUAUCACAGGUGCCUUUGUGGCGAAGAUUGCCCGGCCAAAGAAUCGAGCUUUCUCAAUUCGUUUUACUGAUUUAGCAGUGGUAACUCACAUAGAUGGCAAACCUAAUCUUAUAUUUCAAGUAGCUAACACUCGACCCAGCCCUCUCACCAGUGUCCGGGUCUCUGCUGUUCUCUAUCAGGAAAGAGAAAACGGCCAACUCCACCAGACCACUGUGGACUUCCACCUUGAUGGCAUCAGUUCAGAAGAAUGUCCAUUCUUUAUCUUUCCACUAACCUAUUAUCACUCUAUUACACCAUCAAGUCCUCUGGUUACUCUGCUGCAGCAUGAAAAUCCUCCCCACUUUGAGUUAGUUGUAUUCCUUUCAGCAAUGCAGGAAGGCACUGGAGAAAUCUGCCAAAGGAGGACAUCCUACCUACCAUCAGAGAUCAUGUUACAUCACUGUUUUGUAUCUCUGCUGACCCGAGGUUCCAAAGGUGAAUAUCAAGUCAAGAUGGAGAAUUUUGACAAGACUAUUCCUGAACUUCCAACUCCUCUGGUCUCUAAGAGCCCACAUAGGACUGACCUUGAUAUCCAUAUCAAUGGACAAAGCAUUGACAAUUUUCAGAUCUCAGAAACAGGACUGACAGAGUAAACUUAUCAAUGGCAUCCUCUUGUUAAUGUAGUAAAUAUACCCAGCCAGUUAUGCAGCUA